GAAAAGCCGUAUGAAUGUAAACGGUGUGGCAAGUGUUUUAAUGUAUCAGGAAACCUAAGGAGACAUGAAAGAGUUCACACUGGGAAAAAUCCUCACGAAUGUAAGCAGUGUGGCAAGUGUUUUAAUGUAUCAGGAAACCUAAAGCGUCAUGAAAGAGUCCACACUGGGGAAAAGCCAUAUGAAUGUAAACAGUGUGGCAAGUGUUUUAGUCAGGUAGGACACCUAAAGCAUCAUGAAAGAGUUCACACUGGGGAAAAUCCUUACGAAUGUGAGCAGUGUGGCAAGUGUUUUAAUGUAGCAGGAAAUCUAAGGACUCAUGAAAGAGUUCACACUAGGGAAAAGCCUUAUGAAUGUAAACAGUGUGGCAAGUGUUUUAGUCAGGUAGGACACCUAAAGCGUCAUGAAAGAGUUCACACUGGGGAAAAGCCUUAUGAAUGUAAACAGUGUGGCAAGUGUUUUAGUGAAGCAGGAAACCUAAGGACUCAUGAAAGAGUUCACACUGGGGAAAAGCCUUAUGAAUGUAAACAGUGUGGCAAGUGUUGUAGCCAAGCAGUAAACCUGAGGAGUCAUGAAAGAUUCCACAUUCAGGAAAGGUCACGUAAAUUUUCCCAGAAAAUCAAAUGUCUGUCCAAACAUUUGGAAUCCUGUAAACGGAAGAGAGCAGAAAGUGAAAACGUUGAUGUCACGACAACAGGCUUUACAGAGAACCAGCAGACACAGAGAGAAACCGGAAACACUGGUGUAACAAAUGCACGAUCGGUCAUCGAUGAGAAACACAGCUGUUGGAUUUGUCAAGAGGAGAUGAGUAGUGAGACUCUUCUUCUUCAACAUUAUGAAAAUCAUAUGACCCAAGUUUGUGACGAUUAUUCUUGAAGUUAAAAAAACGUUUUGGUCCUUUUAAGUUCUUCUCUUUUGUUUGUGUUUUUGGUGCUUUAAGAACCUUUUUGUAUUUUUGCAACUCUUAAAGUUUCAAUUGGUUUUGUUUAAAGCAUGUUGCUUUCAUACUUGUGGUUCAUUCGAUGUGUAUGAUUAUCAAGUUGGAAUAAGCUGUGAAACAAAAACUUCCAUAAAGGUAAAACUCGAUUUAAAUCAAAGUCUUAGUGCCUCUUAGUUUAGUCUGCUACAGAGCCGUUUUCCGUGUCCUCACGCAACGUUCCUCCCCACAAAAAAGUGAGGAGGAGCACUGCGUGACGACACGAAAAACGGCUCUGUGAUAGACUACUCUUAAUUUUAAGCUUUACAUUUGUACGUGAGCACUUAUACAAGACUAUCAUUUCUCAUGAUAUGAAUGGUAAGAGACUUUUUUCUUGCAAUUUGAAAAAUGCUUUCUUACUUUCAUGCGUAUUCUACAGUCUUGUAUUUAUGAUGUUCUCAUAGCCGUGGUUUCUGGAACUCUCCAGUUAUUAUAAUAACUGUUAUCCCUAAUAAAGAAUCCUAAUCACUUAUUCUGCUUCAAUCUACCCACAAAAUGGCAAACCUUAACCAGAAUGAAAUAUUUGCUGUGCUCUGUUCCAAAAGGCAAUACAAACAACAUGAUGGAAAAAAAUGGCUAUGUGACAUUUUUCACAUAGCUGGGUUAUUAAACUCUGAAAAUCCAAUACAAAUACAAACUCAAACUUUCAUUAAACAUGUAUUGCCGGUGGUGGUGAGGGCAAUCAACCACCUGAAAAAUAAAAACCACAGAACAUGGAAGAGGCAGGAAUGGGGAGGAGGAGGGGUGAUAAAACAUUUUUGUGUGUCAACGAGAUCAAGAAUGCGACAUCCAUUAUACGACGAUCAAUAAAUACGACAUUACCUAAAGACGCCAUCUUGAAUUCAAACUUCAAAUCAGUACCCUCGAUUCCAUGUUCUUAGCGUCUUUCCACAUUACUGUACUCAUAAACUACGUAAGGCUUAACUUUAUUUAAAGACAGAUAAUGCAUUUAUGCCUCAAUCUACCCACAAAAUGGCAAACCUUAAUCAGAAUGAACAUGUGCUGUGCUCUGGUCGAAAGGGCAAUACAAACAACAUGAUGGAGAAAAAUGGCUAUGUGAAAUUUUGCACAUAGUCGGUUUAUUAAACUCUGAAAAUCCAAUACAAAUACAAACUCAAACUUUCAUUAAACAUGUAUUGCCGGCGAAGGUGAGGGCAAUCAACUGCCAAAGACCUUGCAAAGCAAGGGCACUCCCCACCAAAACACAAAUUUCAUUCUCGGUAAAGGUGUUACAUGGUACUUAAUAUUACAAAAUUGCAUCCUGUAUAAUCUGUUCAGAUCAAAUAAAUAGUGCGGUUCCGAAGUUGUGCCUCCCCUGCUAGCAACAAUAUCACAACCUCUGACACAUUCAAUUACGAAACAGAUUCUAGAGAGGUUAUUCUAAUAUACUUUUUGAAAGCAUCAGAUUUCCAUCUACACAAAUGCCUAUCCUUGGCGUCCGAAAUGCCUUGUUCAGCCGCAUAAGUAACAGCACCAAUCCUAAAGCUGUGUCCUUUAUAUCUAUUGGGAUCCAAGUUGCAUAGCCGAAUAACCGAGCCAAGCAUUUUACUAAACUCGCUUCUCAAAACUGGGGACCCAUCGUGAUAAAUAAAAGGUGGCCAUGUACUAUGCCACGAACAGAAACAUAAUCCAAGAAUGAUUGAACAGGACAUGCUUUCGGUUGUCUAUUCAAAACUAUAGAAAAAGGAUUUUGAUUGUAAUUAUGUUUAUAGCUUGUGAAUGUAAUUUUGAAUCCAAGGGAACUGUUCGCAGUAGAAAGUUACCCAUUGAUAGAGGUAUAGAGGAAUAUUUCGGUAUGUUUGUCUCCUUCAAAUGUAGUGUUGACGCAUUGACGGCAACCAAAAUAUUGCUAGACUAGUAUACACGAGUUUCUCAUGAUUUACUUUGAUACAGUGAGUACAAUAGAGGCAAUGUAUGGAAGGUCGCUUGUCUCUAUUUUGUUUACCCACGUGAAAGUUACGUAACGGUAGAAAUCCACGCUUACUACAGACCAGUUUAUGCUGAAGAACUUAAUUUUUAUGCGCUUCGCUUUUUAACCUACGCCCCGUUGUUAUGGAGAAAAGUUGUCCUGGGUAUAACUGGAUACCCUCUCAGCCAAGUUCUUAGGGCCUGUUUACAUAGAGAUGGGAGCCCCAAAUAGGUGAGGUAACAUGUGGCGGGUCAACCCACUUAUGUGCCUCGUUCCUUGGCGUCUCAAUUGUGGAAAACGGAAAACAGGACUGCAAGAGCCAUCAAGGAGUAUCGCGCAAUGGACCAUUGGAACCUUUCGAGUGGAUCACGUGAUCAAAUUAAAAUCAGAGAUUAUAUGGACAGGUGACCUGGGGUCCCCAAACCUCCAUGUCAAGACGCUCUUAAGGUCGCGAUGGACAUCUUGGGCUUAUUGUUAUGCAUUUAUUUAAAGAGUAUAAAUGAAGUACAACGACUGAUAUCGACAGGUUUACGAGAUAUUCAUAACCGGAUAAAAGAUGAGCGCAUAAUUUACAGUGUUCACGUGCACGUGUGGCACGCAGACUGCGAACAAAAUGUUCAUUCAAAAGUAACAAAAAGGCUCUGAAUCAACUUCGUUUCAGUGAUUUUAAAGAAAAUGGACAUAAAAAUAAGAAAAUCUUUAGACAUUUCAGCCAAAUUUACUACCAAAUCUCUAAAUACGUUUUUUUUAGCCUCAAAAAUCCUUGAAAGCAUUGCAGCUUGUGAACAAAUUUAAAGCGUGGAAUGAGUGGGUCAACACUUGACUUUUUCGACAAUUUUGUGUCCAAGAAUUCCACGCAGAUAGUCCAGAUACGAAAACUUCACGAGCUGGCAUUGCAGAGGGGUAAACUUGGUAGGCUGUAGUGUGCUAUAUAUUGAGCGGAAUUCAAAAAGAGCGCCGGCUUUUAAAAAAGAUAUAUAUAAGGCGUUAAUUUCAGGUAUGACAGACUUUGCUCAUUUAAACGAUUGUAUCUUGCAGGCAAACUUUAAAUUUAAAACUGCUCAAAUACAUGACACAUUAGAGGUUUUGAUAGAUCGUUUAUUAAUAAAAUUACAGAGUGCUGUCUUCUAUUCUUUCCGCAACCCUGUACACAAAUCACGAUUUCCCAAUUUGGUGCAACUAAUAUAAAACAACCCUCUUAAACUUCCCUCAUACCACAAUGUCUGUAAAAUUUUUUCUAAGUCGCCUCUAAAACAGCCAAGAUAUAGGCGUUUUAAAAGAUGAAGCAGAAGCAAAAUUUUACCUUACGAAUUUAUUCAUAGACAGGUGUUUCCCCACAAAAAGACAACGUUACAACCUCGUCCCUAGAGCGCUUUUCCCACCCCACCUCCAAGGCCAGGGAAAAGCGCCCUAGGGACGAGGUUGACAACGUUAGUCUCGACUUUAUAAAGUCAUAAAAUUCAUUUUUGAACCCUAUUGGGCCCUUUUACAGACCCAAAUGACAGAUUUCCCUACCCUUUUUUAUACUUCAACUAGUGAAACCCCUACCCUUUCAAAUACCUGAAGCCUGAGAAAGAUACCCCUUUCUGGCGGAGCCUUCCUGUAUAGGCCAUCAUGGGAAGUACCCCCCUUCCCGCAUCCGAAGGUAUGGGCAUCAAUGUCGUUCGCCCCCCUGUGUGAGGUGUAUAUUCCUCGUAAAACUAGUUACUGCCGCCUGUGAUCGUUUCGUAGUCAUAAAAAGAGUUGUUCGACAGCCUUACUUGAGCUUUGAUACAAGGCAGCUUUAAUAAAAUCCUAACACCCCAAUUUUUUGAAUUGGAAGCAACGCACAGAACAGUUAAAGUCUUUGUAGAUGCAUUGCAGUGCUGUAGGUAGCUGGAGUUGCAACCAUUAUGUCGACAAGCAAGGUUUGGAGCAAUUUCUAUAGUGAUUGACUGUCUCGAACUCGGUCUCUCUCCAGUAAAAGCCUUCCAGUUAGAACAUGUUUUUGUAAACAACCACCGCCCGGGCGGUAACCAAGAGAGAGGGGUAACUUAUGUGCUGCAGUGAUAUCAAUAUAUAUAUAUAUUUUUUUGGGGGGGGGGGGGGGGGGGGGAAGCUUCUGCCCCUCAAAUACCCUAGAUAGAAACCUGAUAAGGUAUACAUGUGUACAGUAUGGCAGAAAUAUUCGUACAGGUUUAUUUCCAGCAAAUCCUAUCCCACCCCUCCCCAGGCCCUCUCCAACUCAUCACGCUUCUUAAUUAGUGUCUGCUUCCUAAGCUCUUUUCCGUCAAAGGCCGGAUUUAUACGUUAAUGAGAGGAAAAAAGAAUAAAUCAAAGUCAGUUACAAUGUACUGAAAGUGUAGCUAUCGAGUACCUUAGAAGACCUUAGAAAUCUCUACACAAACAAACAAACAAACAAAAAGUUCCACCGUUCGUGACUUCGCCCUUCGACCCUCUCUCCUCCGGAGAUGCCUCUUUUUUGUGUUGUGUGGCUAAAAGUCCCGGGGGAGUACUCGAUAUAUCCUUGGGUGGGGAGGUGCGGGCCGGCCCCUCAUACCCUGACCCUGUUUAAGACAAAAACCGCUGAUUUUCCUACCCUGUUUAAGACAGAACUCCGAUUUUUAAUAACCCUGUUUAAGACAUUGAACUCGAAACCAUACCCUGUGUAAGACAAUAAUAAAUAUCGAAACUCUUUCUUAUUUAAUCCAUCGGCAAUCACAAAACUAUUUACAGCUUGAUCAACAGAGUCACGCAGGCUGUUUAUCGUCCAAGAAAAGCUAAGAUACCCUGUUUAAGCAGGAGCCCAUCAAAUGAUGGGCUCCUGGUUUAAGACAAAAAUUGAUAAAAUCGAUACCCUGUUUAAGACAAAAAUCCCGAAAAACAUACCCUGGCUGGCCGUACGUCCCCUCCCCCUCUCGGGAUAAAAGUAUCUGGUUUGGGUUGAACAGGGAGGCUAGCGAUGGGGAGAAAGAAAAGAGCGGGAAAGUUUCCCUCUUCCCAUCGUUCCCCGCGCGCUUUCUACAUGUGAAAUCAUUGAUGGCGGCGGCGAAUGUGUGAGGCUUUCAGAUUGACCAUUUCUAGGUUGUAUUUGCCCUCGUGUGAUUUGAUCAAGGGAACAAGACCUUGUUACUUAAGGUAAGACAAGCUUUCAGUACAUUAUGGAUACAUUCAGUUGUGAAAUUUACCGUCAUUUAACCCAAACAAGCAACAAGCGAUUACAUGUAAGCGUCGGCGAUAGCGAGAAGGAAACUAAUUGUUGCUACAUUGCAGAAUACCCGGCCCACGGCAUAAUUACAGAAUACAGGGCCAAUUUUCCAGGUACAUAAUACAUAAUCGGUGGGGUGGCUCAGCGUCUCGGAAGUCACUAGUGAACUUACACAAAGGGACAGCAGAGUGAAGAAGACGGCAAACCUUGUAUGACAAGCGUGACAAUAACUCUGUCUGAAAACAGUUUCCGCCAAACUUCACCUUCCUUUAAAAAGAUCUUUUUGUACAGAAUCAAAACACAAUUAUAUUAAUUGAACAUCACAACAUUAAAAACACAUAGCUAAUAGGCCCAUCACGUUUGUCACACACAGGCGUUUUGCCGUCAUAUUCUUUGUGCUGUCCUGUUGCGUAAGCUCAUUACUAAUAAGCCACCGAGACACCAAGUUACUCAACCAUAAUACAGUCAAACCUGUAUAUAAUGGCCCUAGUGAAAAUAGCCUGGAUAUUACAGUCACCGGACAACUUCCCAAAAUUUUCACUUACCUUAUAUUUUCUGCAAAGUUGACCUGUAUGUAGCAGUCACCCUGUAUAUAACGGUUAGCGUUAGAUAACAUCGGGUGAAGCCGGAUUGGACACCUUAUGAAUUUUACACAAUGCAUUAUUUCCAUAAUGGAACGAGACUGGAAUGUAGAAUGAGGCUAGAAUAGCUGAAGAAACCAAAGCUACAGAGCGCCAGUUAUGGAGAGAACACAGUAGAGAGUUAAGUACUGAUCUGCAGUGAUUAGGGUUAAGCACUGAACUGAAAAUGGUUAACUUUCAAAUAUUGUAAUGGGGUACGACAUAUAUAAGAACAUGUAUAUUUUAAAAGUUACUGGAUUUGGCAGUUCGUCCUCGUUGGUGUAGUGGAUGUGGAUGUAGGCUAUAAAGCAAGUGACCCGGGUUCAAUGCAUCACAGUAGAGUUUUUCUAUUUCACUUUUAUAUUACACAGUAAAGUUGGACUUAAGUUGUUCUUCAUGUAAUUUUACUGAAAGAAACAAUCUGACUUCAGCCGAUAUUACCUAAUGCUAACCGUAUUUAACGGUUACCUUGCCAUUUCCCAAGGGUUACCGUUGUACACAGUCAGGGCUCAAAGUUUAAAUUUCAGUUUGGGAGCACUUGUGCUACUAGAUAUAUAUUUUUAGGCGCACAGCUGAAAAUUUUAGGAGCACAGCUGAUAAUGUUAGGAGCAUCUAUUUCAAAAGAAAAAGUAAAAAACUUAACAGUUCCACGUUUAUUUGUCAUCUUCAGUUUGUUACUUUUACUUCAGUCCUGUGAUUGAUAAAACACAGCCGAUUUGCUACGCAGUAAUACCGUUAUGAUUUUUUAAAAUCAAUCAAUCAAUCAACUUUAUUUAAACACGGUAAAUGGCUCAGCAAGCUGGUUUUCAGACAUGCCGUGUGGUAAUUACAAUUUAUAAAAAUUAAGACUAGUGAUUAACUAACAAUACAAUAUAACAACAAGAAAUAAGUAUUAGAAAUAAGAUAAAAACAUGAUAAAAGUUAUAUCCUAAGAUAUGGCGAGUUUAAAGCUAGUAAGAUCCCCCAUCUCACGUGUUUCAUUUGACAGUUGGUUCCAAGCCAUUGCACCCCGAUAAGAAAAUGAGCGCUUGAGAAAAUUUGUUUUAGGUAGUUUUUAAUACUAAUUUCUCUUUUUGACAGUGCAGUUGUGACUAAAGAAAACUUACACUUGAAAAACAAUUCAAAACUGACAACAAUGAGUGUGUCGAACGAAAAUGAAAAAUAAUCUUUAAUGAAUUUGUUAAAUGCGCAAUGACUUACAUGUAACUGGAAUACGACUUAAGAAACUUUCUUACCUGGAAAAAAAGGCUCUUAAUCCGCACUGUUUUUGUUUUGAUUGACGUUAAAACUGAACGUUCGCUGUGAUCGUCCAUUGCGCAAAAAGUACCUGUUUCGUUCGUAGCAUAUACAGACGACUCGCGAUAACGCGAACCUUGAAGGGAAAUCAAAAAAAGUUCGAGCUAUCGGGAGUUCGAGUUAUCGGGCGCUCGAAGAAAAUAGCAGAGAGUAAGGUAAAAAACAGUCUUUACUGCACAGUGAACAUUUUAAUGAUAUUUAAUUGUAGAAAUGUCAAGUGAAAUGAAAAGAUACUUCUAGAUUAUAAAUUAGAACGUAACGUAACAAACCAUAGCCUAAAUAGAGCAUGCGUUUUACUGUUUUAAGAAGUAAAGCUGCUUCACGUUAGCCUGUGACAAUCAAUAUCAGCCUCCACUAGUAAACUAUACUCCUACAACACAUCAAUAGGAAGUCCAAAAUUCAAUGUUUUGGGUCGCCAGUAGAGGGCUUUUUUCCCGACUUUUUAAGGGCUCAAAACAUGGUUCGAGUUAUCAUAAUCAAGGAUAAUUUAUAUAGAAAAUGACCUGAGGGGAAACAAAAAUUGGUUCGAGUUAGCGGGAGUUCGAGUCAUUGAGGGUUUGAGUUACGGAAGGUAAAAUUAUAGUGAACGUAUGGCGGAAAUCCAGGGGAAAUCGAUUUUGGUACGAGUUAGUGCGAGGUUCGAGCUAGCGACGGUUCACGUUAACGGGAGUCGACUGUAUUUGCAUGUGUCAGCGGUGUUUAUUACAAAACAGAAGAGUCUGGGAAGGAGUAAAACAUCGAAAUGAAAAAGAACAUUCGAGGUCGUAGAAUCCAUUGGGAGAAAAGACCAAUUAAAUAUACACCGUCUUUUUAGUUCGAGUUCCUAAGUAUAGUCGGAAGUAAGUCAGUCGCACUGUGCUUUGGGUUUUACGGCGCACAGGUGCGAUUACACAUAAAUUUUUAGGCGCACAACCAAAAAUCCAGUCGCAUAUGCGACCAGUUAGUCGCUAACUUUGAGCCCUGCACAGGUUUGACUGUAAAGCCUUUCUCAUGCAACUCUAACCUCGACUGACGACCCACCAAGAUACUGAACCAUUAAAAUAUAUACCUUAAACACUUGUUCUUUAAAACGUAUCGUUAUAUGUCUUUUUCAUUCUAUAACUAGUGACCCACCAAGCCAUUUUGGUGAAAGACAACUGUAAGUAUUAGUCACGUUAACCGUUUUAGCCCCAAUAUCCACUUACAAAUUCUCCAAACUGAUCUCCAUAUAUUUCCUUAAAGAAUGAGUUGAGAGAGUUUCAUAAAAGAUCAAAGCAUUCUCUCUCAGGUGAUCAUUUUAUGACACCUUUUGCUGUUCAAUAAGAGAAAAUACACAUUUAUUUGCGUGAAACGGCGACCAAUAGCACAAAGAUACAUUCAUUAGCACGAAACAAUGAACAUUUACCUAAAGCAGAUUCAUCAUAAAAAUCUUAAUGAGCAUUGCUUGCACUUCAAUGUUUAUCUAUUGUCCCUAUUGACUUUCAAGAUGGUGUUAAUGACUUGCAUUUUGGCGUUAAGGAAGUAUAAUUAUAAUUUUCUCUUUUGUAUGCCGAAUGACGCAUAUGAAUGCCCAAAAAUGUUAUUGAAAUAUGUUGAUUAAUUAUGCAAAAAUCACAAUUGAAUCUGAUUUAUAUGCAAAUGUUCCUUUUUUUCGCUCUAAUGAAUGGAUCUCUGCACUAUUGGUAGCCGUUUCACGCAAAUGAAUGCAUAUUUUCUCGUAAUGAACAGCAAAAGGUGUAAUUCUCAUAACCUUUUCUUUCGAUGAUGUAUGGAUAUCGUUAGGACAAAAUUGAUGUUGGGCACUACUGGGACUUAUAGCAAAAUUCCUUGUAGCCCAAAGGGCUCCCAAAAAAUUCUCUUAGGCAGCAACCUUGCUCUAAGGAAAAUGCAGAUGUUCACUGGCACUUCCUGACUAUUGGUUACUGCUAGAUAUAGCAGUUCUAAAUUUGAUUUGGGUUGAGAUACGUGCUUUUCAAACUGGCAAAACCUGCAGUGGUUCCAUCGCUGACCGUGUCCCUUAAACUAAUCUACAUAAGGACCAAAAUCAGUUUUUAAAAAAUUUAUCAUUAUUUAUUCUUUUAAAGUGUGACUUGAAAUCAUAUUUAUUAUUGCGUUCUCGUACCUCGAACCGGAACGCAACCCCUAAUUUGUGUUGGGUGUUCUGGGCAUUAUUGGGUGUCCUGUGCAAUUAAUAAGGGAGGUUUUUUUGAGAUUGCAUUUUCGUCGUCGACACACAUUUGCCUCACUUUGACGUGCUAACUCAUGUGGUGAUUCUUGUGUCCUCGGCGUUCAUCUUUCAGAGGUUUGCUGAGGUCUGAUAUUGUGUCUUCGUAAAGUAUUCAUCUUUUAAAAAGUUUGCUAAAUCUUCGUAAAGCGUACAUCAAUCUGUGUUUGCUGAAUCAUCCAAAGCGUUCAUCUUUCAGAAGUUUGCUGUUAAAUUUUACUUUACAUUAAGCCUUCAUAUUUUUCAGCAUGGUUCAUCACUGUCUUUGGAAAAUUUUUUAACAACAACAACAAGUUUAUUUCAAAUUAAAUAUAGCUUACAAAGCUUGUGCCCGCAAUUAGUGAAGGCUAUUUGAGGCGGGUACAAGAGAAAAAGGAAAAUUGUAUAAAUAUAUAUAUAUAUGUUAAACGAACAAUCCUAGAAGCAAUCUAGUUUGUUUUGUGGUUUAUGACCAGAGUGAGACAGGAAGGCGGACUGUACUUCAUACGGAAGAACACCAUGUUACGAUUUUGAGAAUUGCCCUGUAAUAUCAGAAACUCUAAUAUAGUCAUCCUCUUUUUCCAGUAUUUCUCUUUAGUUUGCUUUUGAAUUGAUUUUUUUAAGUGUUUUCAUAGAAAGUGGAAUACUGUUCCAAAUUAAAGCAACGGAAAUAGAGAAGGCUUGCUUCAUAUUUUCAGUUCUAAUUUGUUCAACAUAUUAAUUUUCAUUAGUAACAGAUCUAGUCCGGUAACUGUGGACAGAAGACAGUUUCGUGAACAUAUUCUUAAAGUUAUCAGAAACGAGAUUAUUAUGGAUGUCGUACAUUAAAAGGCUCAUUUGCUCAAAUAGCAAGAACGAUAUCGGCAACUGUUUUGUUUCUAAGAACAACGGAACUGCAUGAGUUCUUGGUUCAGCGAAGAACAUUAGCCUAAGGGCUCUCUUCUGGAGAACCAGUAGUUUAUGAAGAUGCGUUUCAGCAGCAUGACCCCACGCACAGAUACCAUAACUGAUAUAAGGCAAAAUUAAAGAGCGGUAUAAAGUGAGAAGUACAUGACGGGGAACAAAAUGUCUGAGCUUGGCGAUAAUUCCGAUUGUUUUACUGACUUUUUGACAAACGUAAUCUAUGUGAAAUUUCCAUGAAAGGUUCGAAUUAAUGAGUAUACCAGGAUAUCUAAUAUAAUUUUUCAUUUCUAACGGUAGACUGGUAUUUGAAUUAUUAUUAAUUAUUUUGAUAUUAGGAUGAAAAGGAAUAGUCUUUUGGCGUGGACGAAAGAUGAUAUAGUUAGUUUUUUCGAUAUUCAAGGUUAAUUUAUUGACAACUAGCCACGAGCAUACUUUGAAAAGUUCUUCGUUUAUCUCGGUUUCAAGUUUUUUAAGAUCUCCGUUUGCAUAAGUUAAACUGGUAUCAUCGACGAAGAAGUAAAAUUGAAGCUUAUUUGAGGAUUUAUGUAGAUCAUUAAUAUACAAGACAAAAAGUAAGGGUCCCAGAACGGAACCUUGUGGUACCCCACAAAGGGUUCGAUGAGAAUCAGAAAUAUGACCAUUUACAGUCGUAUACUGUCUACGACCAAUUAAGUACGACUUAAACCAAUCAUUCACCACUCCUCUGAAGCCAUAAUUUUUGAGUUUUGAGAGAAGAAUAUCAUAAUUAACCGUGUCGAAAGCCUUUUUCAAGUCAAGGCCUGUACGAAUGUCAUUUAGGAUUUCUAGAGUUGCGUGCUGUGUACUAUGCCUACUGCGGAAUCCAUAUUGUGAUGAAUAUAAUAUAUUAUGUUUAUUAACAAACUUAACAAGUCUUUUAUAAACCAGCUUUUCAAAUAUUCUGUUGAAAAUUGAUAACAAAGAAAUUGGUCAAUAGUUUCCAGGCUUAGAUUCAUCUCCUGAUUUAAAAACUGGAACUACUUUGGCGGUUUUAUGUUUAGCUGGGGAAAGAGCCUGAGGAUACUGAAACAUUAAAGAUUUGAGCUAAGGGCUGAGAGAUAAUAUGGCUGGACAAUUUCAAAAUACUGACUGGGCAUGAAUAGAGUCCAUAGGCUUUGUUAUCUGGCAGCACUUUGAUUUCAUCUUCGACUUCUGGAGGGACAAAAUGGUCAAAGUAGAAAGAACUUUGUAUUGGCGGAUCUAAAAAAGUACUACAAUCAUGAUCUGGCGACGAGGAAGGGAUACAAGAAGCCAACUUAUGUCCAACAGUUGCAAAAAACGUGUUAAGAGAAUUACUUAUUUCCUUUGGGUUGUAUAUCGUUUCCGAAUUGGAGUUAACAAGGCGGUGUAUUGGCUUUUUAUCACUUUUUGCCUUUCUUGAGAUGAUAUCAUUUAUACCUCUCCACGUUUCUUUAGAGUUGUUAAUGUUUUCUUCAAAAUAACGUUCAUAAUAAUUUUUCUUGCUUUGACGCGUUAGGCUAGUUAUUUUGUUUCGGUAUAAUUUAUGAUAUUCCCAAUCAGCAUUAAAAUGGUUAUUUUUUAUUCGUAUUGAAGUUCUAAUACCAUGGUUUUGACAAUAUUUUUCCACUGCGCUUGGAGAGAGUUUUCAUUGGGGCAUGCUUGUUUACCAAGCAGUUUAUUUUCUUGUAGAAAGUUGUGAACGACUUGUUUGCGUCAUUGUCUGAAGAAUUACUCAAAUUCUGUUUCUUGCAGUUCAGAGAGAAACCUGUUAGCAUUGAAACUGGAGUAGUCACAGAUUUUUUUCCUUUGUUUUGAGUAGUUCAGUGGAUUAGGAUGAGUUGCCACAGUACAGAUCUGGGUGAAGUGGUCCGUGGUGUCGUUUACAAUGUUGCCAUAUAUGAGGCUGUUUUCUAAAUUGUUUGAAAAAAUAUUAUCGAUUAAUGUAGCCGAGUUUCCAUGACCUCUUGUGGGCUUAUCGACAGUUGGUAAUAGUGAAUAGCUUUGAGUUAAUUCUAGCAGUUCUUUAGAGUAAGAGCAAGAUUCAAAUUUAAGAAGGUCAAUGUUAAAGUCUCCCAUUAAAUAAAUGUUUCUAUUUCUCGAGGAAUAUAAUUCUAUUGACGAGGAAAGAUAAUUAAGGAAAUCAUCAGCCUUGUCAUGCUGUCUAUAAACCACACCACAAAUAUUCUUUUUCUUAUUUGCGUCUACAAUCUCGAUCCAAAGAGCUUGGUAGGAAGAGUUUGAAGUACGUUCGAGAACGUUAUAUUGCAGUUGACUGCUAGUAAACAUUCCCACACCGCCUGCGGAAAGAGGCGUUGUUACAUACUCAAAAUAGUAGUUUGGUAAGCUCGGAAGAUUUUCAUUACGAGCGUCAUCACGGAUUCGAAUUUCAGUUAGUCCUAUAACACUAAAGCUUACUUUUAAUUCAGAAAGUACAUGCGGAUGGAACUGAUCGAAAUUUCUCUUAAGGCUUCUUAUAUUACUGUGAAGAAUAGAGAUAAAAUUCCUAUGAUUUUGAUUUAUUUUACUUUUAAUAAUCUCAGCAAAGCUGUGAGGUGAGAAAUAUCGGGAUCGCAAUCUUGGUUCUAAAAAGUCGAAAUCCGGGUCGAUGUUUGCAUUAAAUGAAUUCAUGUUAAAGAUAUCGUAAUCAUAAAGACUAUGCAGCAUCUCCAGGGUUUUCUUUGAAUGUAGAUCGUCACCUAAAAGGUUGUUAAAUCUGCCAUGAAUAGACGGAAUAUGUUUGCAAUUAUAAUAAGGGAAAUGUGUUAAGCUUUCCUUUAAAAAAAUGUCUGCGACUCCUGGUGCAUGCAUCAAACUGGGUUUAGUUCGGCGGCCGUUGUGCCACAAAGUAAAUCUACCGAGAUGUGAAGCUCAGCGGUGCCAUGUGAUCAUGACUUGUGAUAUUUUCGGCACCGGAUAAACGAACACCUUAACUCUAUGUUAUUUAUUAGGAAAAACUUCUAAACCAGCCCACAGUAGUGCCACUCUCGAGUCACUGAAAUCAACACGCUCGACCGAAUUACUGGAAAAGUUAUUGACGUGAGCCGCACACACAUUCCAUUGAAGGCUUUGACAGGGUUAGUGCGAAGUUUGAAUUCAGAAGCUUUUAAAACAGUAAAUUCAAUGUAAUUCAUUUUGUCAACAAGUUGAUCAUUGGAUGCUUAUGAUUAUCCGAAGAAAUGUUUUAGAAGAAAGAUAAAGAAUCCUAGGUCAAGCACCAAUGCUCCUUUGAGCAAAAUGUUCUAUUUACACGCCUGAAGCACUCUGGCCAAUAUCUCCUCCGAUUACAAGCACUUGACACCGAACCAUACAGUAUCUUUUCAAAACCCUUCUUACAAUGAUACACAGUUUAAACAGAGGUUUCGCUGUACGCAACCCUUACGUUCAAAAUAUGCAUAAUCAUAUUUAUCUAUAUUGCAACCACCCUUCCCCCUCAACUGCUACCUGUAUGCCUAACAAACAUAUCGAACGCACUCUCCUAAGCUCCGAUUACUCCUAAUAUAUGCACCCCUCUUUCUUGGAAAAAUGGCCUCCUACAGAAUAACAACAAGGGUGGCCACUGGACUCUUACCAAGAGUAAGAGAAUAAGCCAAUUCCUAGAAUAAACCCUGUUACUCUUUAGACCAAAUAAAUAAGUGAUAGAUGCUAUAACCCUUUAAGCUUCAAGAUCAACAUGGAAAUUCUCCACAGUGGCCUCCAUAAAAUUCUUGAAAAAUUGGUUGAGAGAAUUUGUUUAAAGAUCAAAGCAUAUUUCCUUGAAGUGAUCAUUUUAUUAAUUCUCAUAACCUUUCUACUUGAUUAUAUACUGAUGUUGUUUGGGGAAAAUUGAUGUUGAUCACUCCUGGGACUUAAAGGGAUAAAUAAAUGACGACUGUAACACUUCAUGUGGACUGAUCUUGUAUGGAAGUUGCGAUUUCAUUUUUCAUCUUCCAAUUUCAUGCGCUUGAGUGUUUUCAUUUUGCAUUCCAGUGUUAUUAUGAAGAAUCAAUUACUGAUACCAUUUUCUGGCUGCUGUUUGGUUGUUUGUUUGUUUGUUUGUUCCUGGUCCAAAACAGGAAGUAGGGAGCCAUUACUUCAGUCUGUUCCUUCCUCUUCCUUGUUUGUGUUUAUUGUUGCAUUUCACAGUAAAUUAAAUAACCCUGCCGCCUCUCAAAUAAUCCUCCCUCUCUGUUAAGCUCCCCCCAUCAAGCAUGCUUGAAAUGAAAAUGCCUCCUGGGAGUUAGAGGAUUUAUGGUAAUACCGGUUUCACUAUAUUGUCUGUUUGAAUGCUGUAUGAUGAACCUUAAUUACCAUUAUUUUUAAAGUGUGUUAUUUUACAAACCAUAAGGAACUGUCAUUUCGAAAUACAAAGUAAACAAAUAAUCAACUGACCCAUGUUAAUGGAUUCUCUAGUUUGAAGGGUUCAUGUAAAAUUUUAGGCAUCUAAUCAGCUGGUUUAUGGUGUGGAACCACUUUUUCAUGAGCGGGUGUCUUAAAAGUUUUCUAAUUUUCCACAUGCCCGUGACAACACCACCUUUAACCUACUCACUUCAGGCCUCUCACCAUCUGGUGGAAAAGUUUACGCUGGCAGCAACAAAACAAAUAAUGUGUAUUAACCUAUUUAUGGUUCUUCAUCUUUCCUAAGGUAUCCUAACUGCAAAACCUUUAAAUCAGAGCAACCUCAAUGUCCUUUGAGUGUCAGCAGUGUGGCAAGUGUUUUAACAAUGCAGGGCACUUUAAGGCUCAUAAAAGAUUCCACACUGGGGAAAAGCCAUAUGAAUGUAAACAGUGUGGCAAGUGUUUUAGCCGAUCAGGAGCCCUAACGAUACAUGAAAGAGUUCACACUGGGGAAAAGCCUUAUGAAUGUAAACAAUGUGGCAAGUGUUUAAGUGUAGCAGGAAACCUAAGGAAACAUGAAAGAGUUCACACUGGGGAAAAGCCUUAUGAAUGUAAACAGUGUGGCAAGUGUUUUAAUGUAGUAGGAAACCUAAGGACUCAUGAAAGAGUUCACACUGCGGAAAAGCCUUAUGAAUGUAAACAGUGUGGCAAGUGUUUUAGUCUGGUAGGACACCUAAAGUGUCAUGAAAGAGUUCACACUGGGGAAAAGCCAUAUGAAUGUAAACAGUGUGGCAAGUGUUUUAGUGAAGCAGGACACCUAAGGACUCAUGAAAGAGUUCACACUGGGGGAAAGCCUUAUGAAUGUAAACAGUGUGGCAAGUGUUUCAGCCAAGCAGGGAGCCUAAGGACUCAUGAAAGAGUUCACACAGGGGAAAAGCCAUAUGCAUGUAAACAGUGUGGAAAGUGUUUUGGCCGAGCAGGACACCUAACGAUCCAUGAAAGAGUUCAAACUGGAGAAAAGCCUUAUGAAUGUAAGCAGUGUGGGAAGUGUUUCAGCCAAGCAGGACUCCUAAGGAGGCAUGAAAGAGUUCACACUGGGGAAAAGCCAUUUGAAUGUAAACAGUGUGGAAAGUGUUUUAGCUUAGCAGCACACCUGAGGACUCAUGAAAGAGUUCACACUGGGGAAAAGCCAUAUGAAUGUAAACAGUGUGGUAAGUGCUUCAGCACAUCAGGCAGUCUAAGGAUUCAUGAAAGAUUCCACACUCGUGAAAAACCUUAUGAAUGUAAACAGUGUGGCAAGUGUUUUAGUCAAGCAAAACGCCUAAGGACUCAUGAAAGAGUUCACACUGGGGAAAAGCCAUAUGAAUGUAAACAGUGUGGUAAGCGCUUCAGCACAUCAGGCAGUCUAAGGACUCAUGAAAGAGUUCACACUGGGGAAAAGCCUUAUGAAUGUAAACAGUGUGGCAAGUGUUUCAGCCGAGCAGGAAGCCUAAGCACUCAUGAAAGAGUUCACACUGGGGAAAAGCCUUAUGAAUGUAAACAGUGUGGCAAGUGUUUUAACCAAGCAGGAAACCUGAGGAGUCAUGAAAGAUUCCACACUCAGGAAAGGUCACUUAAAUUUUCCCAGAAAAACAAAUGUCUGUCCAAACGAUUGGAAUCCUGUAAACGGAAGAGAGCAGGAAGUGAAAACGUUGAUGUGAGGGUCACAGGCUUUACAGAGAACCAGCAGACGCAGAGAGAAACCGGAAACAAUGGUGUAACCGAUGCACGAUCGGUCAUUAUUGAGAAACACAGCUGUUGGAUUUGUCAAAAGGAGAUGAGUAGUGAGGCUCUUCUUCUUCAACACUAUGAAAAUCAUAUGACCCAUGUUUGUGAUGAUUAUUCUUAAAGGUUUUCAUCGACGUUCAGUUCAUCUUCGAUAGUGUACGUUUAGGUUUGUCCAGCUUCGCAAACUGCAAUGGUUUUUGAAGGUAAUAUAGAUCGUGAUCGCAUCGAUCACCUGAUUUAAACUGCAUUCGGCAUUUAGUCAAGCAUAUCAUUCCGAUUGCAGCGUAACUGGGCCGAUAAACCAAUUUAUUUCUGAUCAUUUUACACGCCCUGUAAGCUUCGGAAGUUGAUCUAGAAUGUGCGAACAUAGAAGUGUCCUUUAUUGCACUUUGACUGAAAAUAAAAUAAUGUUUUAUGGAGUAACUGUUCGUUCUUCUAAGGGCAUCUCUUACUUUAAACAAAACAGCAGAUUUUAUGCCGUGUAAUUUUCUGAUCAACUCUCCACUGUAAUUAAUAUAUCUCUUAUAUCUCUUAGUAGUGUAUGUAACAUCACUCCUUCCAGCCUGAGUGAUUUUUAUCUCAUCUCACAACAAAUCAAGUGACUUCGCUUCAGGUGUAGGAAACUACAAUCGGCAACAAAAUUAUUGAGGCAUUUUACUCAACUAGGGUAAUAAGUACAGAGAAGAAAAGAAUCUACCUCCCUCCCCACUCGCCUUCAUUCAAAGUUGCAGUUUUUGUUGCUUUAACUGUAGGUAGCUCGAACAGCGGCACAACAUUGCAUGGAGGGGAUGGGGGAGGGAAAGCUUUAUUUCCCAUUUAGAAGUCAGUAAAGCAUCGGCUUUAGGGCAAGGUGUCUCAACUACGUUGUAAUUUUGUCGCCAAUCGUAGCUGUAGAUUGUAGCAAAACACACUUACCUCCACUUAAGGAAAGGAUAGGAAAAAUAGAGCAGUUUAUUGAAUGUUGAUUAAUUAUGCAAAAAUCGUAAUUGAAUAUGAUUUAUGGGCAAAUGUUCCUUCUUUUCACUCUAAUGAAUGGAUCUUUGCGCUAUUGAUUGCCGUUUCAUGCAAUUAAAUACAUAUUUUCUCGUAAUAAACAGCAAAAGGUGUAAUUCUCAUAAACUUUUCUUUUGAUGAUGCAUGGAUAUCGUUAGGAGAAAAUUAUGUUGGUCACUAUUGGGACUAAAAGCAAAAUUUGUUGUAUCCCGCUGUGCAUUUUGCAUAUUUUGGGUUUUUGUGUUCCCUCAAUCAUCUUAGCGGACCUCUUAGAAAAUUUAUAUUUACUUGCACGAGUUCAAAAGGUCAUGGUUUGUCAUUUGUGAUUGGUGAAUCUAGAUCUGUUUUGUUUGUUUCCUAUUACAAGGCUUGUUGCUUUGUGGUCGUCCUGUUUAGGGCAAUAAUCGACUAGUUAAGUUUGCUUCGCAAAUUUUUAUGAUCUUUCUCAAUCUUGUCACUUGCAAGAAUAAAGCAGUUUCUGCGUCCUUCCUUCUACAAAAAAUCCACUCACCAUCGCGAUUUCCUUCACUAUUCUUGAGCAGUCGGAGUCGUUCUCAGCCAAGCUGGGCGAACACAUUACAUUAUGAUUUGCUUUAACCUCGCCUCACUAAAAUGCAUGAUUGACGGAACAGAAAAACCCAAAAUCCGUUCUAAGUUUGCAAAAUGUGCAGUGCAAUACAACAAAUUACCCUGUAAAGGGUUAACAAAGUGUCUAUGUCUAUGUCUAAAUGAUCUUGAAUAACCGCCAUGAAGAUUUUCAAAAACUGAUAUGUUUUUGCAAGCCUUUCAAGAGUUUCCACAAAACAUACAGCAAAAAUUAGGGAGGCGUAGAUAACGCUGUAUAAAUGAUAAAAUAAACCUCUAAUUGUACCAUUUGUGUUCGUAGCAAGAUAGAAAACACUACAAACUUGCAAAAUUAAAAAUAAAAUACUUUUUGUCAUGUGUAAAUGAAAUCUUUUGCUUUUCCAUGCAUCACGACUUUGUAUCAUUUUACUACAUGCAAUAGUGACCUAACAUUUCUAAUGCUGGGGAAAAGGUCUUGAUUUUAUCAUUGACAGUUUUUCUAAGGCUAUGAAAUUCAUUUGACUCCAUUUUGAGACAAGCAACUUGAACUACAGUCUGCAGCAAGACAAGUGCUUGUUUGUUUACGUUUUAUUGGUGGAAAUAUUUUUUUCCUAUGGCUGAUGACCAAACAUUUUCUGUUUUUACUUCAAAAGUGCAGAAUGAGAGGGGAAUUUUGUUGUUAAUUGAACAGAAGUUAUCCUGAGAAUUAUGAUUUUCAUGCACCUGUUCAGGCUUUUUGUUUCAAAUUUUGGUUGUCCAUAAGUAAAUUGUAGGAGCCUGUGGUGACCAGGCCGCCAUUAGGCAGUAGCCUUGACACUGCCUAGUGCAAAGCAAGUAAACACAUACCUUGACAAGUAUAAAAACAGUUUUGAUAGUUCAAAAGUUAGACUUCAUACAAAAAUACCGAGUCAAUUUUCCAAACUUUAAGAUAAACCUUUCGCUGUUCCUUUUUUUUAACUUUGCAUAUGCACUUGUACAUGCAAGUGCUCUCGGCUUUACCAUUUGUUGUUUUUGCGAAUGGUUGUUUUUAUUUUUCUUGAGAAAUAGCCUGCAGUGCAGGCGUUUUCUUUGAACGCGCAAUUUGCUUGCGAAAGCGCCAUGUUGAAACUUCCCUAGGAGAGGAGGAGAUGGGGCGAGUCAAAGGGAGCGGGGAGGGGGUGGCGCAUCCUCGGAGACCCAGGGGCAGAUAAAGGGGGCGAGGGAAGUUCUAAACGGGCGGAAAAAUAUAUAUGGAACAAUGAAAAGUAAAGAACAGCGAGAAGAGCCCCUGUGGACAAUGUCUUAUCAGACCAGUUCCAAAUGGUCGCUGCUGUUCUGGCUUCUGAUUGGUGCCAGAAAACCAAUCAGAAGCCAGAAUGGCGGCGACCGUUUGGAAAUGGUCUGGUAAGACAUUGUCCCCAGGGGCUCUUCUCGCAGUUGUUUACUUUUCUUCGUUCCAUAUAUAUUUUUCCACCCGUUUGACUUUCCCUCGUCCCCACUAUCUGCCCCUGGGUCUCCGAGGAUGGGGGUGGCGAGAGAGAAGAGAAAACGUCUGUCCGAAAACGCUGUUAAAAUGACAAACACCCCCUAAUUACACACGCGUGACCGCUCUUCCAGAAAUGAGUAGCCAACAAUAACAAAACAACCAAACAGUCGCUCCAGUACGAAGACUCCCAUUGCCUUAAGAAAAACGAGCUGGAGUUAAUCAUUGUUUUUAUUUUGACUGAGUCGCAAUGCAAUUCUCUACAGCUGAUGAAGGUUCAGUUUAAGCUGCAAUUCCUCUCUGUAAAUCGCUAUCCGUGGGAGUUUAACAUCCUGCAAACAAUUUAAAAAACUAACGAGCUGGGCCCAGCAUGAUACAACAUUGCAGGAAAACAUCACAUUUUCAGACUAGAAAGAAAAUCGCUUAGUUAUUCAGAUCCUGAGGCACUUUAGACUAAAAUAAAGAACCUAACAGCCUUAUUUAGCGACAAAAAAAGCUUUACGCUUCAAAAGAGGACAAAGAAAAUGCUCUUGCAUCAGAGGGCAAAUCAUGAAGACCAGAAAUUCAAAAGACACAGAAAAUGAAUAAGCAUGUCAUGACCUCUCAGUGUGAAACAAGCGAUUAAAUCACACUUUUACCCUUGCACCUACUGUGAGGGUUAAUAUUUCUACUCUCCCCAAUCUUCCACUGUCAUAAAAUCAAAGAUGGCAACUACAGCAAUAUUACAAACACGAACAAGGUUUCGCCCACCCAAAAUACGCCUGCACUGCAGGCUGCUUGAGAAAUAAAUCGUGUCUCAAAAUCCGUUCAAGUGGUGAAUAUAAAAAAUGCUUGUUUUUUGAAACUGAAGACUCAAUGUUUGCGUUUUAAAACUCAAUUUGUUGUAGUUAAUAAAAAUAGGUUUAGGUACACUGGCUGUAGGGGUCUGUUCUUGAAAUACAAUAAAGCAAAUAAUAUCUCUAGUACAGAAAAAAAGGGGAUUGGCCCUUGAAUGUUAGUUGAUCCUUUACUACUGUUUACUACUAUUUGUGCCCAUGAGUUUGAUAAAUAAUAAAUUUAAAGAUCAUCGAUCAAGAGAUUAGUGCAUUGUCUGUCGUGAGCUAGAAGUGUGACACAUCAAUAAAGUUACUGUCUUUUUUAAUGGGCCCCUAUAAAUGUAGCUUCUUAUUUGAGGAGCAUGAAGGGCUCCCAAAAAUUCUCUUAGCCACCAGCCUUGCUUUAAGGUUAGUGCAAAUGUUACUGCUAGUUAUAGCAGUUCUAAAUUUGAUUUUGGUUUGAGAUAAAUGCAUUUCAAACUGGCAAAACCAGUGGUUCCAUAGCUGACUGUGUCCCUUAAUUUAAUCUAUAUAUUAAGGACAAAAAUCAGUUUUUUAAAAAAUUUAUUAUUAGUUAUUCUUUUUAAGUGUGACUUGAAAUCAUAUUCAUUAUUUUAGCUAAUAUAUGCACCCCUCUUUCUUGGAAAAAUGGUCACCUACAGAAUAACAACAAGUAUGGCCACUGGACUCUUACCAAGAGUCAACCUCGUUCCCAGGGUCUCUCAUCUUCUCGCCCAAGCGAGAGAGGAGAGACCCUGGUUCUCCUCUCUCGCUUGGGUGGGAAGAUGAGAGACCCUGGGAACGAGGUUGACCAAGAGUAAUAGAAUAAGCCAAUUCCUAGAAUAAACCCUGUUACUCUUUAGACCAAAUAAAUGAGUCAUAGAUGCGAUAACCCUUUAAGCUUCAAAAUCAACAUGGAAAUUCUCCACACUGGCCUCCAUACAAUUUUUGAAAAAUUGGUUGAGAGAAUUUGUUUAAAGAUCAAAGCAUAUUUCCUUGAAGUGAUCAUUUUAUUAAUUCUCAUAACCUUUCUACUUGAUUAUAUACUGAUGUUGUGUGAGGCAAAAAUUGAUGUUGAUCACUCAUGGGACUAAAAGGGAUAAAUAAAUCGUUUGCUGUAACACUUCAUGUGGACUGAUCUUGUAUGGAAGUUGCGAUUUACUUUUGAUCUUCCAAUUUCAUGUGCUUGAGUGUUUCCACUUUGCAUUCCAGUGUUAUUAUGAAGAAUCAAUUAAUCAACCCUUUUGGUGAUCAUUUCAAGAAAUGAUAUUAAGAAAUCCCCAAGCGCUUUACAUUUUGAGAAAUUUGGAAAAGUUCGAAAAAUUCCAUAAAAUACAUUUUUUAAUUCGCGAAAUUGCUGCAAAUUUCAACAAUUUUUAGGGAAGCAGUACAAGCGUGCAACAGCUCCUAUUGACUUGAUGUUGCACAUGCAGUUACCAGUUACCCAAAGCCUUAAGACUGCAUAAAAGUGUCUCGCAAAAUAACUUUUGUAAUACAGUUUUGGGCUUUUAUUGCUUGCACCUUGAUUGUGUGUUG